UCAGCCCACGCCACAACACACACAAGCUCCCACAAGUCCCAACCAACCCUAGAGCCGCGCCGCCUCGCUUCUCCCCGACUCCCGCGUGCUCGCCGCGCCGCCCACCGUCACCGCCUGGAGCGUGCGAAAGCUCGCCGGUGCGGUUUCUCCGCUCAGCGUGAAGGAUGAGGAAGCUCAGGUUCCACGAGCAGAAGCUACUCAAGAAGACCAACUUCCUCGACUUCAAGAGGGAGAAAGGCCACCGCGACGCCAUCGUCACGCAGCGCUACCUCCUCGUCGAGAGAGACGACUACAAGAAGUACAAUGGCAUAUGCCUGAUGGUGCAAAAGCUCGUCAACAUUAUAAAGCAAAUGGACCCGAGAGACCCUUACAGAGCGGAGAUGACAGACAUGUUGCUCGAUAAGCUGUACAACAUGGGUGUAAUUCCAACAAAAAAGAGCCUGUUAACAUGUGAAAAACUUUCAGUGAGCUCCUUUUGCAGGCGGAGGCUUGCAACAGUCAUGGUGAAGCUCAAGUUCGCGGAGCACCUUAAAGAGGCCGUGACAUACAUACAGCAGGGUCAUGUGCGUGUAGGCCCAGAGACAGUCACCGAUCCAGCCUUUCUUGUAACCAGGAACAUGGAGGAUUUCAUCACCUGGGUUGACUCCUCAAAGAUCAAGAGAAAGGUCCAGGAGUAUAAUGGUGAAUUGGACGAUUUUGAUGCUAUGGCUUGAGAAUAUCGUUGAGCAGAAUUUCUGGGUCCAUCGGUGUAGCUACUCGUGUAUGAUUUUUUUUUUGGAACUUUUUAAGGUGAGGUCGUGAUUUGCUGCAGAGCUACUUGCAUGUGCAUUGUUGUUGUCAAUGUUGUGUAAUGCAGCUCAACGCCUAUGACAGUUCAUUCACUUACUAAUACAAUUUUGUAGCCGUUUCUCUAUUACAGUAGCGCUUUGCUUAUGUUCUUGAGUGUAUUUUCCUGUCACAUUACAACCUGAUUAUGCAGGAUAAUUCUCAUGGUCA